AUGGCUGAAUCUACUGCUAUAGAAAGCUUAGGUGAAUUUUGUUGUACGAUCGUCACCAUCUAUCAUCAACGAUAUCUUCGAGCACCAAACAUAGAGGAUCUGGAACGGCUCUUACAGCUAGCUGAACGACGAGGCUUUCCUGGAAUGAUAGGUUCGCUCGACUGCAUGCAUUGGCAAUGGAAGAACUGUCCAACUGGAUGGCAAGGAAGCUUUAGUGGAAAGUCAAGAAAACCAACCAUCGUUCUCGAAGCCGUGGCUGAUUUUGAUACAUGGAUCUGGCAUGCCUUUUUUGGAAUUCCUGGUACCCAAAAUGACAUUACAGUCCUCGGGCGUUCACCACUGUUUGAUGCACUCACUGAAGGUCAGUCACCACAAUUAGACUACCACAUCAAUAAUUAUCGUUAUAGCAUGGGUUACUAUCUCGCUGAUGGCUUCUACCCUAAGUGGGCAACACUUGUCCAAGCAAUUAGACGCCCUCAAAAUGAAGCGGAAGCAUAUUUCACCACCAAACAAGAGGCCUUCCACAAAGACGUUGAAAGAGCAUUUGGUGUUCUCCAGGCAAGAUGGGCAAUCAUUAGACAACUUGCAAGAGGGUGGAGUUUGGAAAAUUUGUCCAAUAUCAUGCUGGCAUGCAUUAUCCUUCAUAAUAUGAUUGUUGAGGAUGAACGUGCCGAUUACUACAAUGGCGAGUCUGAUGAUGACGAACCGGAUCCAAAUAGGUCCAGAAGGGAUCGAGCUCGCAUCUUAGACGAAGCGAGAGAAAAUUUGGAAAGGCAUCCAAGAUCCGAAAGAAUCAUCAUGGCGGAAUAUAUGUCUCGAUACAGAAUGAUACGUUCUCCUGUUGGCAACCGACAUUUACAAGAUGAUCUUAUCCAACACCUCUGGAGUCUGCGAGGUCAAGCACCAUGA